UUAAAAAUGACAAUGACCUUUAGGCUAUUGUCUCUCGCCGUCGCGGCUUUGGCGGUAACCGCCGUAUUCGCCGCCGAUCCUCCAUCACCUGCCGGCGCGCCAAAAUCUAAUGGCGAUAAGAGCUCAACCUCACCUUCCCCCGCUGCCACGGGUUCACCAAAAUCAGCUGCUGCGGGUUCACCAAAAUCAACCGCAUCCGCCCCAACCUCGCCGCCAACGGCUUCUGCUCCGAGUCCGACCACCGCCACUCCCAGCUCUUCACCAUCUUCAAGUGGUAGCCCAGCAACGCCUCCUAAAUCUUCUUCGACCAAAUCCCCGGCUUCAAGCCCCGCCUCAAGCUCAGGCGAUAACUCCGAAGGUCCCACCAGCUCGUCCGAAGGACCCACUAGCUCAUCCGAAGGUCCCACCAGCUCGUCUGACUCACCCUCCACCUCGUCUCCACCAGGUCCGACACCAGACAUGUCUCCGUCGUCGUCCACGGACGAAGGAAACACCAGCGACGGCCCUGGAGCUUCAGCUCCCACGGGAAGAGCCUCGUCGAUUCAGAUCUCAGUCUCCGGAUCUGCUCUCGCCGCCGUUGCAUGGUUCUGCUUUGUAUGA